AAUGUCAGGAUAUGAGUCUUUCGAUGCUAGGCUCAUUUAGUCUUUCGAUCAUCUUGUCUAGAGCAUCCAAAUUUUCAGGACCAAGAUUCGACCCAUAUGAACUAAUUGUCUAAAUCUUCCAAAAUGUGAUUAGUAUGCAUCAAGGUUAAUGAACAAUGUAAUGAUCUUUCUGUCACUAUUGGAAAGCAAGCAUAAAAAGGGCUUAUGGUCACCGGAUGAAGAUAAAAAACUUAGAGAUUACAUCGUGAACCAUGGUCUUGGCUGCUGGAGUUCUGUCCCCAUUAAUGCUGGUUUGCAAAGGAAUGCUAAGAGUUGUAGAUUAAGAUGGACCAAUUAUCUACGACCAGGAUUAAAGCGAGGAAUGUUCACCUACGACGAGGAGCAGAUGAUCGUUACUCUUCAUAGCACGUUAGGCAAUAAGUGGUCGGAGAUGUCACGACACUUGCCGGGCAGGAGUGAUAAUGAGAUAAAGAAUCACUGGCACUCUUGUCUUAAGAAGAAAUGUGCCAAGGUACAAAACACAAAAGCUCAAAAAAUGUCAUUAGACACACUGAAUGAAGAAUCUAGUUUUACUUGUUCUUUGAAAUCAGGAAGUUCAAGUCUUGAAUCAUCUCGACAAGUAGAGCCUUUAGAUUAUUCAAAAGAAACUGAAUUUAGAAUCCAAUCAAAGAUUUUAUUUGCUGACUGGCUUUCACUAGACCAAUUUAAUUUGUUUGAUAACACAUAUGAUCUUUCGGUUUCCGGAAAUGGUAUCUAUGGUACCGCUAGCUCUUCAGAAACAGUUCUAUUUGGGGGAUCAAGUGUAAGUAAUAUGCAUAUGCAACUGAGUAAUGAGCUAGAUGUGGAAAAUGACUUCUAUAACAUGAUCUUUGAGGAAACUAACACUAAUGAUGCAAAAAUGUACACCGGUAUUGACUUCUACUCUGCUUCAACCCCUAGUGAAUCCAACUCAUCAACAUCUAUAACCUUGGAGGGAGCUAAUCUUGAUUUUGUAUGAGCUUUCAUGUCCAUGAGUUGUUGAUCUUUGUAAGUGGACAAACAUAUAAUAAGCCUCUUAUUUCAUUUUAUAUUGUUAGACCUAAAAUUGUAUUGUAAAAACUAGUCAAGGAAGCUAUGUGAAACAUUAUUAUGAUUAGUAUAAGAGUU